AUGAGCCAUAAAAAUGACCUAAAAGAUGCUGCCCAGAAGCUAAGUGAGUUGACUUCAGAGCCUAUGAAUUCGAUGCUAGAUAAACAGUCAAAGGCUGAUGCAAUAGCAAAAAACCCCAGAAAGAAGCAAGAUGGUAAUCCAGGAUGUCCCACCCACAACUCCAGGUACCAAUAUUUCUACCAUACAAACAAUCACUUUACUAUUUUUUCUCUUGCAUGGAGCUAAUUAUGAUUUUCUUGUCAACAUGUUGUGUUAUGUUCUACUACAUUUGCCAAUAAUCUGUAUAGUAUUUAAAAUAUGUAAAAUAUAUCAUUCUUACUUUUUAUCUUAACAGUUUCAGAAGUUCAAAGAGCCAUGCAAAAAAGACCAGUAAAAGCCAUACGCCACUGCAAGACAUGCAAACAUCAGAUGAAGGGACACAAAAAUAUCAAAGACUGCCCAAAAAAUAACAGUCAAUGAAACAGUAUUUCAUUAGUUAAAUUUGAUUUUUAUAACAAACACUAUGCAUAAUAAUUUUAGACUAUUAAUUGACCCAUGGGUGCCAAUGCCUUCUCUUGACAAGCAAAAUAAUAUGGUGUUAGACAAAUCUGGAUAAUUGAGUGACAAAGUAACCUAAUGUGCCCCACAUUAUUUCACUGUCUAAUGCCAGAUGAUUUUACUCAUCAAGGAAGGGUGCUGCCACUCAAUGGGUUAUAAUUGCCAAAUCGGGGAUACCGGGGAAAUUCACUCUCUUCGUGUGUGAACCUUGAUUAAUUCCCCGCACACCGGGGGGGAGGGGGAAGUAGUGUGAACUCCCCCGGCCUUCCCCCUUGAUAUUCAAUAUAGGUAGCUUUUAAAAUUGCUAUGUAAUUUAUAAUUAUAAUUAAAACCGUGACAAAACAUGAUAGUAAAGGUUGAUUUUCCUAUCAGUGCAAAAUGUUGUCGAUUGACUUUUGAAAUACAUGCAAUAAACUGAACGGAUAAGUUGACCACACACAUUUCAAAAGAAAGUGAUCGCAAAAACAACAUUUUGCACUGAUCUAAAUCGGCUUUACAUGUCAAAUUGUGGCCGAAUUAUUUUAUAUAAAUUUUUGUCCUUAUCAUAUAUCUGAUUGCAAAAUUUCGUUUUUGGCCAAACAUUUUAUUAAAUGUUUUCACAUAACUCGCUGUUCUACACUUGUCUUAAAAAUUAUGCAACCUGGCAGCGGCUCAUGUUCACAGACCUUAAAAAAAUCGUUUUCAAAAGAAAUUAAUAAUGCAGAACACAAACAUAUGAAUAUGGACCCCCCCAAUUAUCGAGCAGGCUAUGCCGCUGCAACCUGAAAUGCCAUGCAGCUUCAUGUCGUGCGAACUGAAAAUAUGUCAACAGUAACAACAACGUUUCAAAGUUUAGUGAUUGUUUACUGUAAACAAUGCCUACUUCUUCUUCUUGUGACCUUGCAAAGCAUAUUUGUUUAUUCUUUAGACUCUAGAUCCUAGUUCUCACCAAACAACGACAAAAAUAAAAAUACUGAAUUUAUUUCAAUUUAUACAAAAGGCAUAUAAAAAGUCGACAUCAACUCAUGAAGCUUGAAAAGUUUUAUAGUAGAAAGGCUGGCUUGCGAGGUUGGAAAAGUUUUAGAAAAACAACAAGGUGACAAGCACCAACAAUACAGGGAAUAUACAGGUAGUACUUCAUGUCAGCUUAUUAACAUACAGUGUAAAACAACAUGAGUGAAUCCCGCGCACAUUGGCCCCGACCUGAUGGCCAGCGCAGUGAAAGCUUGCGCAGUGACCUUAUUUCCUUAUGACAUCCGAUCUGUAUUUAUGCCUAUAUUAGUAUUGUUGGGUCUUUGUGAGAUUCGACAAUCCAGACAGAUUAUCUGACAUGACAUUUCAUGACAUGACAAACUCAAAAUAUACUAAACAUAGGUUCUAGACCAUCCCAAGUGUUACCUUCAGUGCAACGCUGUCAAUAUAAUAAGCUGAUUUUACACUAGGCAAAUUUUUGCACUGGGCAAAAAAGCAAAUUUUGGCCAUUAAAUUUUGUUAGUGAAAGUUUUAUGUGAACAACAAAAUUGGCUUUGGGUUAGCGUACAACGUUCCUCAGCUGACAGUUAUUCCACCCACAUGCCAGAUAAGGUGGUUCCAUCCCAUAUGUGUAGAAAGUUUUCUUACCUUCCUUCUGAGUAUAUUUGGCUUUACUUUUUGUUUUGUAUCUGUCCGCUGACAUUCGUAAGCUCCACUUUUGUAGGCAAAUAGGGUUAAAGCCAGGAUGUUCAGUUAUACACUUCAGAUUUGCAUUUUCUCCAACAUCCAUGAUUACUAACUCUGUGUUUAGUGCUUGUCCACAUUCAUCAAUUUCCAAGCAGCAGAAACAUUCAUGGGCAUUACUUAGAAAUUCUCUGCUACAGUUUCCACAUUUGCACCUGUAUGGAGGAAACUGCAAAACUAAAGCUAAAAUUAUACAUUACUGAAAGGAAUCUUCGAAGUAAUUCUGUAGAGAACCAUGAAAUAUAUAUAGUUUUAACCAUUCACUAAUUUCAAAAAACUCAUCAAACCUUUUAAGGAAAUUCAGUUCCUCUUCAAGACAUUUAUUCUCUGCUUCCUGAUAAUUUUGUAACCAUUCUUCGUCAGCUAAAGGCUUGUCAGCAUAUGCUAAACCAGAGAAACAUCGUUUGAUGUUUCACUUACAGCCUUGCCAUCUGCUGCCCUGUUAUCUGAAUAUUCAUAUUCAGCAUCUUCCAGAAUAGCAUAUCCUGGAAUAAAAUUGAACUCUGAGUCAUCAGACUGAUAACUAAUAGGGACUUUAUGCAAUGACCUCAUAGAUUUCAACUGCGCAUGUGUUAUUGAUGAUGUUUGUGUUCGCAAGGGCGGUCAUGAUUUUGUCGAUGACUGCAGAUUGCCUAUUUUGAGGUUGACAAGUCAUUGCUAAAAGACAAAGGUAAAUAAAAGCAAAAAUAUCUCAUUUACAUAAUUUUUUUCACAUGACUCGCUUUCUACAACCAUUUUGCUCUUAAAUAGCAAAAUAUACUUACAAAUAAUUUACGAAAAUAUGUAUUUUAUCCGGCUUUCUGAAGUAUUCGUUUUGAAGCACAUGGUUAUAGCGUUGCCAGCAGAAAUGUCAGGUCAUUGGGCUGAAGUUGAAAUCAUUUUUGUCAAUUAUCGAUUCUUAUUUCAAGUACUACGUUUUAAUUUGAUUAAAUAUAAUGUGUUGUUAAAUUGCUGUUUAAUUAUGCAGUUUACUAUGUUAUUGUUUAGUGGUUUAAAUGUUGAAUUUCUUCUUAAACUUUAAUGUUGUCGUCACUACAUCUUGAAACAAAUUAAAAGUAUUUUAAAAGAGACUAGGUUGUUUGAAAAUCCUACACGAAUGCUAAAAAUCAUAGAAUCAAAACAUUCUGGUGUCUGAGCCAGAGUGUCAUCGAAUUGAGAUGUAAUGUAAACAGAAAUUAUAGCAAGAUGAUGUCAGUCAGCUUAGAUGGUCCAAGCCAAAAUUAUAUCGCAUUUGAAGUUUCAAACUGAGUUAAAAAUAGCGGAAGAAAAGCCGUAAUUAUACUUAUUGUUACAAUCCAUUUAAUAAAAUGUAACAUUUUUUUGUUUUAAUGAAAAAAUCAGUUAUUUUCAUGAGAACGAUUUGUUAUUCCAUCUCAAUUUUUUUUAAUCUCCAAUCGCAAUAACGUAAAGUAUUAUUACCCGCGAACCAAUGAGUCAAAUUUAAGAAACAACCCACUGUUAGAAAGCUGAAUGGCUACGCUUUAAAAUGAAUGUAAACUGUUAAAGUUUUCGUCUAUUAUUUGUUUAGCAAUUUACAUUUCAGUCGAGGAUUGCGCUUUUUUUUUAUACACCCUGUAUAAAUACAUGUUUACUGCUUUUACAGUAAUAUAAACGUGUUCUUAUUACAGUAUAGUGAUUGUCAUUGAAUACUUUUUAUAUCUAUUCUAGAUGACAAACAAUACAGCCAAUGUCACAUACAAGGAAGGCACAACAAAGCAAAGGUGAGAAUUUGUUCUGUUCAAUUGUUAUAUUAGAAGAAAACCUAAAGAAAGGAUUAUUUAUAGUCUAUUUUAUUAUUAGAUUUUGUCAUUCAUACUGUUCAGGAUCUUUUGGAGUUCUUACUACUUAGGCAGUGAUUAUUAUGUGGAGGCAAGCCAGCCCUGAGCUAGCUCGCUUUGCAGAGAUUCUUUAAUUAUGUGUUUACCAGCUUCACAAAGCAAGAUAUUGCCUGGUAGGCAGGCCAACCCAGUUCCCAUAUAAAUGCAAGAUGAAUAUUAGAGUAUAAAUUGACAUAACAAUUUUAGAUCUCUGCAAAGCGAGCUUGCUCAGGUACUCUGGCUGCCUCACCUCCCCUCCCCUUACUCUGACAAUGCUGUGAGGUAUUUAUUAAUAAAGGAUGGCAAUACUAAUUCUCAGGGAUGGAUCCAGCAUGAUUCGGUGGAGGGUUCUCUGCCAGCUCUGGUGCCGAGUUGUGCCGGUCAUGUUAAUCCAAGAUAAUCCAUCCCUGCUAAUUCUCCUUUUGCCAUUUUGAGAACUGAGUUUGUGGGAGGUUAUUUGAUCCACAAGCACAGAUGCCACAAUCACGUGUGUAUUUAAUUUAAUUUUUUUACAUCUUUUCAGGGCAUCCCCAAUGAUUUGGACACAAGAACAAGAUGAUGCACUAUGCAAGCAAAUCCUGCUUAUCGAACCAUUCCGGUUCAGACCGAGGACUAAUCAGAGUGGCAGUGCUUGGAGUAAAGUGUCAGAUGAGCUGAACAAAAUGGCUUCUCUGCAGAUGAAAGUUGAUCAAAGAGCU